AUGGAUGUACCAUUUGAAGAUACAAUGGAGGAAACAGGAAUAGAAAUUGAUAAUUAUUUGGAUAUUGAAGAAUCCAAAGAUACAAUAACUAUAUUUUUAGCUAUAAACUGGGAAAAAGAAGCAGGUUGGAACUUAACAAAUGAGAGGCA